AUGAUCCUGUGGCUGAUGAUGGCCCUGCAGCCGCUCGUCGCCGGCCGCCCGCGCGAAGACGUGCUGUGGUGCUUCUUCCUGUCGCUCAACCCCAACCAGGCGUUCGCCUUUGCCGUCGACAUCUGGUUCAGCUUUGACGAGCGCAGUAAGCCAAUCGACCUCGAUGAUGUGUACGCCGACGGUACCAAGUACUUCAGCAUUGCCUCCGUGUGUUUCAUGCUGAUGUUUGACGCGCUGUGGAUGUUCGGCGCCGCGCUGCUGAUCGACCGGUUGCGCUCGGAGGAGACUAACUUUGUGCGCGACAUGAUAUCGCGGAUGUCGUCCCGCCCGUCGCCGCAGACACCGGUGAAGGGCGAAGACGGGGGCAACCUGCUGGUCGACGAGAUCGACGAGAACCGCAACGCUGCGCCUGGAGACAUCGAGAUGAAGGACAUCACCAAGCAAUUCAACCUCGGCGCCAGCUGGGUGUUGAAGGGGGUGAAUCUGAAGGCGAUUCAAGGACAGAUCACCGUACUCCUGGGGCACAACGGCGCCGGCAAGAGCACGACGUUCUCGAUUCUGUGCGGUCUUGCCAGUGCGACUUCGGGCAAUGUCAAAGUCAAUUCGAAGCCAGUCGGACUGUGUCCGCAGAAAAACCCACUCUUCCCGAAGUUGACCGUCGCCGAGCACCUCUGGUUCUUCCACCACCUCAAGGGCGCCGACGAUGACCACGAGAAAGCCGGAGCCGCGCUGAUGCACGACUUGAAGUUUGACGACAAGAAGGACGAGCUGGCCAAGAACCUCUCCGGGGGUACGAAACGAAAGCUGCUCGUCGCUAUGGCAAUCAUCGGGCGUUCGAAGGUGGUGCUCCUCGACGAGCCGACGGCUGGUAUGGACCCGGGGGCUAGGCGAGCCGUGGAGUACGUGUUGCAGCGGAUCAAGAGAGAUAGAACCGUCCUCCUCACGACCCACUACAUGGACGAGGCGGAGAAGCUCGGGGAUUGGGUGACGAUCAUGCAAGGUGGCCGAGAUGUCAUCAACGGCUCGCCGGGAUAUCUGAAGCGGAACCUCGAGAAGCUCAAGGAGGACGGGAAAGCCGUCGCGGGCGGCGUGGUGCUCGUCGACUUCGGCAUGUCGCUGAACACGCUCGAGCAGGUGUUCCUGAAAGCAAGUGCUUCACGACGUGACGGCCUGCCGAUGCUGCUUGCCCACUUCUUGGCGAUGCUCACGAAACGGCUGCUGUACAAUCUGAAGAACAUCCCGCAGUUUGUCGUCCAGAUCCUCAUCCCGAUUGCCCUCUUCUUCUGUGUCAACUACGUGUGCCACCGGACGACAACGAAUGUCGACAGCAUCAUCGUCGGCCCGUCCACCAUCGAGAUGGGGCGCUGCGUUCUGAACGUGGCUCCGGGUACCACAUACGCGGUCGAGCGGUACCGCCGGUUGCUGAGCGACGGCUGCGAGCUGUUAGACUUGACUGGGACGCAGGAAUUCUACAAAGACUUGUUGAAGGAGGCCAAAGAACUGCCUCGACUCGCCGUCGGCCUCCACCUUAACGACUCGUGGGGUCCAGCGGCCCGCGUUCACGCCUGGUACAACCCGAACGGCUUCCACACGGCCCCGCUGCUCAUCAAUAUCGUCGACACGGUCCGGCUGCAGACGAAAACUGACAACGAUCAGGCAAAGAUCACCACCGGUAUCCACGUGUUCCCCUUCUUCGCCGAGUACGAGGCAUUCCAAGCUGCCAAAGACACACUGCUCCGCAAAGCGGUGAUGAUCCCGCUGGUGCUGAUCGCCCUCUCCAUUUUGACCUCCGGUUUUGUCGUGAUGCUCGUCGAGGAGCGCACGAGCAACUUUCAGCAUCAGCAACUUCUCACCAAGCUGCAUCCGGUCACCUUCUGGGCCGCGUCGAUUGUGUACGACAUACUGCUAUGCACGCUCGUCUUCGCCGUCGGCCUCCUGAUCUUCUAUGCGGGUGGUGUGCUGGGUUUUGAGGCGCUCACGGGGCUUGCCGGCUUUUGGGCCCUCUACCUGUGGGCGUGCCUGCCGUUCAUCUACUGCCUUUCGUACCUGUUCGCAACCGCCGCCAAGGCCAACACACUGCUCAUCAUUUGGCAGGUCAUCUCUCCCCUCGUCGCCACUGUAAUCGUCUUCAUUAUAAUGAUCUGGAUCACCUACGAAGCCUCCAUUAGCCAAAAAGAAAAAGAUCACACCAAGCUCAAAGUGGCGCUGGUGCCGCUGCAGUUCCUCUUCCCGCCAUUUGCCAUGUGCAUGGGCAUCGUCUACGUGAUCAUCGUCGAGUAUAAGGCCGAGGAGAGGAUCAAGGAGAGUUUUGACCCGUGGUGGGUCAGUGGGUUGCCGGCGAUCGCGAUGGCGGUGUUCGGCGCGCUGAUGGCCGUGCUCUUCGUGCUUCUGUCUUCGCGGACUGUGCGCCGGGUGGUGCUCGCCUUCACUGGUGCGGCCUGUAUCCACCGGAAGCGAGAGCGCUACCAGGAUGCCGAUGAGGACGUCGCAGCUGAGCGCGAAUACGUGUCCGACUUGAUGAAGUGGUUCGGCUGCAAAUCACAACCAGCCGUCGACCAGAUUACGUUCGCCGUCGAGCCGGGCCAAUGCUUUGGGCUGCUCGGAACCAACGGCGCCGGCAAGACGACGACCAUCGACAUUCUGACCGGGCUGAAGGUGGCGUCUGGGGGCGCAAUCCGGCUCUACGGCCAACCGGACACGCAAAGUUCGGUCCUCGCCGCCGUCGGCAUGUCCAACGACGGCGACAAGCGCAUCAAGUUCUGCAGCGGUGGCCAGAAGCGGAAGAUCAGCGUCGGUGUUGCCCUCCUUGCCCAGGAUGCCAUCCGAAUUCUCGACGAGCCGACGGCCGGUGUCGACCCGAAGGCCCGCCGAGACAUCUGGAUGCACCUCGACCUCUCCCGCCAACCACCAGGUCGUACAGCUCAGCUACUGACGUCGCACUCGAUGGAGGAGUGCGAGGCGUUGUGCACCAAGAUUUCGAUCAUGGUCAAGGGACGGAUGGUGGCCAUCGGGUCGAGUCAGCAUCUCAAGUCAAAAUACAGUGGCGGGUACACGAUGACCGUCGAGCUGAAGCCGGACGAGUCGGGCGAGAAGGACCCGGUGAAGCUGCACGAACUGAUGGUGGCCAGUGUGGAGGCCGUCACUCAGGCUAUGACGGCUUUCUUCCCCGAGAUCAAGAUCAAGGAGGCUGGCGCGUCGCGGACUUGUAUCUAUGUGGUCCCAUCUACCACCCUGCCCUGGUCGGCGGCAUGGACGGCGAUGAACAAGCUGUGCGCUGACCCGAAGCUGCAAAUUGCCGACUACAGCGUCACGCAGUGCGGCCUCGAGGACACGUUUUUGAAGGUGACGGCCGAGGCGAACACCACCACGGCA